AUGGGUCUUGUCGAGAGAUUGAGCACCAAGUAUCCGGACGAGAAGAGCGAGGGCCAUCUAACAUCCGACGGCCAGGGCCCCCCUCCCUACUCGCCCGCCUCUUCCGCCGACCUCUCUGCUCCGUCAUCAUUGUCUUCCGCGCCAGGCACAACCCUCAAGCUCCCACAAAGCUUUUGGCUUGACUACCGCUGGCACUCGUCCACCUCGUUCAUCGGCGCAGAAAAGGGCGAGCGUGACUUUGCCGUCACUGUGCCCAGCCGCAUGAACUGCUUUGCCCACAGGGCCAUCACCCUUCGCGACGGCAGCGCCAAGGACUCGCCUGCCCUCGUGAGUGUCAAGGGCCAGAAGGGCAGCCUGGGCCGCCGCUCGGUCAUCAGCCUUCCCUCCAUGGGGGAGGAAGACCCCGGCCAGGACAUUGUCGGCGCAUUCGGACCCGGCGGCAGCUCCAAGGGGUUCGACGUGACGCUCGAGAACGGCACGGUCGAGCACUUUGAGUGGCGCAGGUCGAUGGGCGACGAGGUCAAGAAUCUCGCGAGCGGCUGCCAAGGCUGGAAGCUGGUGCGCAUGGACUCGCCCUACACGCUGGCCGGCGGGAAGGAGGAUUUCCCCCCGGGCUACACCUCGGACGGCCGCGAGGUUGUCGCCGCUGCCGCGUACCCCAAGAUGUUCCGCAACUCGCCCCGGUUCGAGUUCCUCGGCAGCGGCGCCCGGGGCGAGAUGGGCGUGCGCUUUGAGCUAGUCGCGGCCAUCAGUUUCGUGCGCAUGUACGAGAUUGCCAUGGAGCAGGCGAGCGCUGGGUCAGCCAGCAGCUGA